AUGUUAAGUCUUAAUAGUCAUGGAGAUACUUCUAAAGAAACACAAGAAGUGAAAGAAAAUAAAGAGGUCAAAGAAUUAAAAGAGGGUUGUGUUUGCGAAGUCCAAACUAUGCCAGUUCAAAAAGGGAUUGAACUUUCCCUAAUUAAAUUAUUAACUAGUGAACUCUCCAAACCGGAAACAAAUAAAAAGGAUGUACCAGAUUUUUCAGAUGACUGUCAUAUUGUCAAAGGUUUUAAUCAGAAGGAAGAAACAAAUCUUAUAAAAAAACAAAAAGAAAAAAAACCAAAAAAAACUAAAACCUCCAGCACAUUAAAAAAGUUAAAAGAAAAAGAAGUUAUUGAACAAAGUAUUAAGAUUGAAAGAACUUGUUCUCAACGUUUGAUUGAAAAUUCAGAAACUUCUGAUAUUUCAGAUUCUAUUAAAUCACAAACUUUUAAAAAUACAUUAGCUUUAACUCAUAAGAAUCUGUGUAAUCAAGGUAAAGAAUCUUCAGUUAGAAUUAAAGAACGUGAUAGAAGAAUAGUUCAAUGGAUGGAUGAAGCACUUCAAUCAAAGACAUUACUUCCUUACCCUAAUCCUCUAACACCUCUUGUUCGUCUGUAA